AAGAUCCAGCUUCAAUAAAAGUGAUUAUAGGGUAAAAGUCAGAAGCUCCUUCUACCAUGCUUCUACCUGCUUUUAUGGUUUAAUGGUAAUUAAAUACAAGUUUGAGGAUAGUUAUACCAUCCCCUUCCCUAUGAUUGCCAACUUUACCCUUCUCGCAUCCCCAAUAGCUCAACUGGUAGAUAGGGGAUGUCACAAGGAGUAAGUUUUGAGUUUAAAUCCGGCAACUGCGAUGAAGGUUACUAUGCUAAAAAUGCAUACGGUCUCUGCAAGUACUAGGGCCAAACCUCCACUCUCUAUCUAUCAACUUUAUUAAAGUCCAAUUUAAUCCUCCUUGUUCGGUCGGUGUUGGGGCCCUCGGGUGUCAUCUUUUUUUAUGACUGCGUUUGUUUGAUAGUGGAUCAGCCAAAAAAUGGCCGGUUUGACCGUUUCGGCGGUUUUGACCGUCAAAGCCGCUGAUCGUUUGCGUUUGGUAAACGGAGGUUGCCCUUGGCGUGUUGGAUGAAACCGCCGAAAACCAAAACGCUGGGGAUCGGAGCCUUUAGGUUUCGGCGGAUUGAAAUAAUUUUGAAUUCACGCGAUUGCCCUCUCACCGACUCAUCUCACCGACUCAUCUUCCUAUUUUUUAUUCAUUUCAGCCGUUUGAAGUGAAGUUCAGGGCUUCCUCUCCCAGCAAGACAGCUCUCCUUUCUCUCUUCAGCAAAGGUAUGCGUAAUUCUCUCCUCCAGACCAGUCCGUUUGGGUCAUGCUUUGAUUUGUAUGGGUCUCUCAACAAUUCUUAAUCCUAUUUAUUCGUGAGUAAUAGGAAUAUUGCAGGCAGUUACAAAUAGAAAUGCAGAAGUGUUGUUCUGCAUAUUUCCUAUUAGUUCCAAAAUGUUGUAAUAUGUAAAUAAUUCGUAUUCUAUACCUUCGUUUUACUUAUUGCAGGCAAUUAUUUGUAUGGAUUAAGAAGUGUUGUCUCCCUUUUUGUUUUUAAAUAAUUUAUCUUUUUUUGUAUGAUAGGGUGAGCUUUAACCAGCUUUGAACAUGUUAGUGCGGUUAUAUGAUUGCCUACUUUAACUGUGUAAUUGUAUGAUGUUAAUUGGAGAUUUAAGAAUUUUUUCUUCUUAACCUAAUGGAUCGAUUUAAGAAUUUUUUCUUCUUAACAUAAUGGAUGGCAGUAAUUUCAGGUCUUCAGUAAGAAGUUCAGUUUUACAUUUGUAUGCUUUUCUGUUCCAAUGAUUCAGAAUCCUACACCUAUUUAAAUACACAAGCAUAGACAUAAUGCUUAGAAAAUUAUGAAAACGUAGAGGAAAUACACAACUACUUAUGAUUUUUUAAAGCAUGAGUGAUGUGAUAAGCACUUGGAAAAAUUACAUGAGAGGCUUUAUGUUAUUUGGUAGUGAUGAUCUAUAUAGAUGUUGCUGAUAUUGUAUAUCUGCUUAUGAGAAACAACUACUUUUUGUUUUUUAUGAUGCUAUGUAUUGUACUAUUUUAAGUGAUAUAAAGAAAAUGUGUCCAAUGUAUCAUGUUAUUCCACAUGAGAGAUGAGUACAAGACUCACAUUAUGUAGGUGAAGGUAACUUAAAUAAAUCAAAUUGAAUGGACACUAGGGACUUUAAACAUAAAAAUAGAGCAACUUCUUUAAUUCCUACAACCUUCCCUUUUGACCCUUGAGAAAAGGUAUGGAAGUGAACUUGAGAAAUAAAUACUUGUAAAAAGAGAUUGAUUAUUUGAAGUGGGAUCAGUGACACCAAAGUCAAGGAUCUGUUAAAAGUUUGAUUAUAAUAUUCUUUUACUGAUUAUAUACUAAUGAAAUCGAGAGAAGUGAGCAAAGGCUUCCCACUCUGUGAUAAGUUGCAUUUCUCCCAAUUGGGAGCAUGAGAGCUAUUGAAGGGAAAAAACACAGCGUUGUUUCAGUCCAUCUUCAAGUCAUUAGGCAUACCUAAAAACUCUAGUACACUGAUAACUUUGUUAGUUUGUUCUGAUUUGCUGCUUAUAUGAUUCGUACCAGGCAGUAUAUGCGUAAUUCCCGUCAACCUACAACAUAUAGAAUACAUCUUGAAACCAUACAUGACUAGGGAUUUGAGAGGCUUCUCAAAACUUUUUCUGCUAAUAUACUUUCCGUGUACUCCAUUUUUAGAGGCAUGAACUAGUUGCUUGGUUUUUGUCUAAACUUUUUCAAUUUCAAAAUGAGAAGAACAAAGUUGCUUUAACAUUCGUAUAAUGUUACUGAACAACAAUUGGGAAACUAACCGGUGAACAAAAUGAGAAGAACAAUUAGGAAUGGUUUUUAACAUUCCUUAACCGUAAUAAAAACUGAUAUUCCUGCACUUAAGAGCAAUAGUAACUAAUUAAUAUGACUCAAUGUUUAAAUCAAAACAGUACUGAACCCCCUAAGUGUAAUGUUUUUCGAUUCUCAUCUCAUAUGCCGGCUUUUAAAUUUUUCUAUCACCCUAAAUCAAACAGACGGUUAUUCUUUGCAUCCUAUUCUCACUCUAAAUCCAUUUCAACUAAAAUAACUAUUUGACCAUAUCUUUUGAAAAAACUAACACAAAUACUAUUUAUGAAGUGCUUUUUUAUAAGAAGUAAAAAAUUAAUUUUACUCGAGAAAAGGGUACUAGCUAUGUUUUACUUCUAAGCAAUUACUCUUCCAUCCCGCUAUGAUUGUGGUGAACUUUUUUUAGUCUAUGCACUUUUAAAAAAGUCAAUGGAUUAUUAAACUCAUAGACUUUUUUAUGAAUGAAUUCUAUUGACUUUUAAAUUAAUGGAUAUGUUUAUAAAUUUCAAAAAAUCCAUACUUUUAAAUUCGGAACACCACUACUGAUUGUUAGAAUUUUUACCUAGAUCGUCGCUAGUCGCUACCGAUCUACAUGUCCGCCUUGGUCACCAGUGCUCGCCGUCAUCGUCAUCAGACUGAUCCGCCCCCAACAUAAUGACUUUGGUCAUAUAAGGGGACUAGGUGAAAUUAAUUAUAUUAAUUAAUUAAAUUAGAAGUAGAAAUAUAAUAUUUAGUCCUAUUUAAGGGAAAUCAAACAUAUGAUCAUACCUUGGGAAAAACACCAUAUUUUAGUCCUAUCAUGAGUAUUUUCCUCUGUAUAAUACAAUAAGAAACAAUUAAAUAAAUAAAUGAAACAAAUGUAAUUCAUCUAGGAACGCAGAGGUCUACAAUAAUAAAUGAAGCAUAAGAAUCCAAUUUUUUAUUAAAAAAACUCAAAGUUUCGAGAAUCCUCAACAAUCUCGGUCUAUUUAUAAUCCAUUGUUAUAUUACACAACUCAAUGAGUAAGAACAUUAAUCGGUACACAAGCGUUACACUCAUUCCUAGUUGUGGUACAAGAAUAGGAGCAAUCAAGUUUUUCUUCUUAAUAAUUGUUUUCUUUUCAUUCUUAGCUUGUUAAACGAUGAAACACAGCAAUAGUUAAAAUGUUUUUUUAAUGGUUAACUGAUGACGUAGCACAAUUGUGUCGAUGUAAUACUAUCGAUUUUUAUAUCGAUUCUUCUAAAAACUUCUAGAAUCGAACCGAUAUGUGAUUAACGGUUCUUUAAAUGGUUCCUAACUUUCUUUCAAUAAUUGAACCGAUCUCACCCCCACAUUUUGCUUCGUAAGAUGACAUAUAAAAUAUCAGUUUUUUUAAGUUUAUCUUGUGUAUCAGUAUAAUGUAGAAUUGUUUUAUUCAAAUCUUGCAUAUUGAGACCAUCCUGGUACCCACCUCUCGACCGGUCGGUACUAGUCUAUGACUUAUUGGGCAGUUUAAUAUCGAGCAAGGAAUUAGUCAAAUUUGCAACCAGAUCUAUGUGUAGUUGAAAGUCUUGUGACGAGUAGAAGUCAACAGAAAAGUUCACAAAAAUCUUUGGUGAGGAGAAGAGACAAUGCAGAUAAAUAAUGUACUAAAAAUGAGUUAAAAGUCCACGAGAAUCCAUGAUUUUUGAAGUAAAAAAAAAUGAACGAAAAUAUAAUGAAAAAAUUCCGCUUUUGGUCCUGUGACUAUUAUACCACUUCCACAUUUAGUCCCUUACUUUCAGAUUGUCCACAUUUAGUCCGUAACCAUUAUCCCCUCACUCUGUUCAGACCAGAGUGAGGGGAUUUUGGGUAUGCAAAGACUGAUAUGAAAAAAACCCAACUUUAUAUAAAAUUUAAUGCAAAGACUGAUUUUGAGGCUGAUAAGUGGAUUAAAUUUGCCGGAAUUUUGGGCAGAAGGACGAGGGGUGGUGAGGGGAUAAUGGUUAUGAACUAAAUGUGGACAAUCUGAAAGUAAAGGACUAAAUGUGGAAGUGUUAUAAUAGUCAUGGGACCAAAAGUGAAUUUUUUUCAAAAUAUAAAUAUUCCUAGACUUUUAUAAAUUUUUAAAAAUUUAAAAAUUACAUUAAAUACAAAUAGACUUUUAAAAUAGGGGUUUUAAAAUUUUGCAGGCUAAUACGUAGUACAAUACACCUUGUAUCUCUUUGGCUUAUUUUUGGUCAAAGAAAUUAUUUUGCUCUCUGUGGCUUCACUAAUGUAGCGCGCCUUGUCGAUUGAUCUUUUGGCCGUCAAGCGAUUGACAGAGGGCUUCCGGUGGAGGGCGUCAUUAGAGCCUGGCUGGGGUUCUGCAUUUUCGUGGAUAGAUCGCUGCCAACAUCUGGGUGUUGGAUGCCCUUUGAGAGGCCGUGACACCAGGGGUCGAGAUAGCAAUCGGCUAAGGAUAUUCGGAAGUGCUUCGAGCUAGGCUGGCGGGUGCCGUCUGCCGAGGCAGAGAGCCAUGAGUACACUUCAAUUUUAGGUCUUCACUCUUCAGAUUGACAGACUUCAGCCACUUCGCCCUUUCGCCCUUAGGCAAUCGGCCGCAGACACAAUUACACAAAGCCACUAGGGGAAAUUCGGCACUUGGACCUUCAGAUUUCAGCUCACUUUGAGAAAGUGUCGUGGUGGUUCUACUCCUCAAAGCGUUUUUGGAUGCCUGUUGAGUUGCAUAGGUAUAUCCUUGGUAUACCGUUCAGAGUGAUGACAAAAAGACCAAAUCUUUUGAUUCACAUUCAUGAAAAGUUACGGAUUUUCUUCAAGAGCUCUAAAUUAUCAUUUUGUUCUUGUGCACUUGAGGAGAAACACAAGGGUGGUAUUGGCUCAGAAUCAGCAAAUGAAUGGGAGCGAUUACUUGAGCCUUAUGACCUGAAACAACUCCGGGAAUCUCUUAAAAAGAUUAGCCCUUAUCAGCUAAACAAACUACUGGCACUACCUCUGGAUGUACCCACGUUGAUGGAGCUAUUUGAAAGGGCAGGCAGGCAGAUAGGGUAUAACCAUACAUAUGAUGGGUACUAUACUUUGAUUGAUAAGCUUGGGGUUGCGAAGGAGUUUCGGGUCAUAGAUAGGCUGCUUUUGCAGAUGAAGCAAGAAGGUAUGAUUUUUAGGGAGUCCCUUUUUAUAAUGAUUAUGAAGCAUUUUGGAAGAGCUGGUAUCCCGGGGCAGUCAACCAGACUACUUUUUGAUAUGAAGAGUACAUUCUCUUGUCAACCAACAUUUAAGUCAUACAAUGUCGUGAUAGACAUUCUUGUGGUGGCCAAUUGCCCAAAGGUUGCCCAAAAUGUUUUUUACGAGAUGUUGAACAAAGGUAUAUCCCCUACUGUGUGUACAUUCGCUAGAGUCAUACAAUCGUGUUGCAUGGUCAAUGAUGUGGACACUGGAUGUUCACUUCUUAGGGAUAUGAUGAAACGUGGUUGUGUUCCUAAUUCAGUAAUUUACCAAAUGCUUAUACAUUCACUCUCUCACUCUAAUAGAGUGAAUGAAGCACUUCAACUAUUAGAGGAGAUGUUCCUUAUGGGUUGCAUCCCAGAUGUUAAUACUUUCAAUGACAUCAUACACGGGCUUUGUUAUACUGGUCGGAUCCAUGAGUCUGCUAAGUUAGUUGAUAGGAUGUUUGCUCGUGGUUUUGUCCCAGAUGCUAUAACUUAUGGAGUCUUACUGAAUGCUUUAUGUCGGUGUGGGAAGGUGGAUGAAGCAAGAGUUCUGUUGAAUAAAGUGCCCAAUCCAAACAAUGUCUUGUUUAAUACUUUGUUUAAUGGUUAUGUGAGUAAGGGCCAAAUGGAUGAAGCAAAAGCUUUUCUCGAUGAGAGUGUGUUGAGUAUUGGCUAUCAACCAGAUGUUUAUACAUAUAAUAUUCUGAUUCAGGGUUUUUGGAAGAAAGGGGAUUUGUCUUCUGCUCUUGAGACGUUAAAUGAAAUGUCAGUUAGUGCUUCAAAGCCCAAUGUAGUGACAUAUACUAUGUUAGUUGACGGUUUCUGUAAGCUUGGUCAUCUAAAGGAAGCUUACCAGGUCAUCAGUGAGAUGUCUGCGAAUGGUCUCCGCCUUAACACUGUUGGCUAUAACUGUCUUAUAUCCGCUUUAUGCAAAAACGGGAACAUUCAAGAAGCAUUUGAAAUUUUAAGUGAUAUGCGGCAUAAAGGAUACAAACCUGACAUUUUCACUUUUAAUGCAUUGAUUCUUGGACUAUGCAGGAUUGAUAGGGUUGAUGAGGCACUAGGCAUGUACCUGGAAGUCUUCCAAGAGGGAAUCAUUGCUAAUACAGUGACCUACAAUACAUUAAUCCAUUAUUUAUUGAAGAAAGGUGCAACCCAAAAAGCACAUAUGCUAGUGAAUGACAUGGUUUUCAGAGGAUGUCCCCUUGAUGAGAUUACAUAUAGCGUACUGAUCAAAGCACUUUGCAGAGACAGAGAAGUUGAGAAAGCAUCGGUACUAAUUGAAGAAAUGUUGAGUAAGGGCUUUCAACCUAAUAACACAUGUUGGAAUGUUCUGAUUAAUGCCUAUUGUACCAUGGGUAAGGUACAAAAUGCACUUGAGUUUAUGAAAGAGAUGAUUCUGAGAGGAUUGACACCUGAUAUCAUUACGUAUAAUAGUUUGAUAAAUGGUCUGUGUAAGAUGGGGAAAGUAGGAGAAGCGCAAAACCUGUUUGAAAAAUUGCAACUUGAAGGAGUUUGUCCUGAUGUUAUAACUUACAAUACCUUGAUUUUUACAUAUUGUAAAGUAGGGAUGCUCGGUGAUGCUUAUGUGCUAUUAAGAAGUGGCGUCUCAAAUGGUUUCGUUCCUAAUGAUGUGACAUGGCAUGUGCUAGUGAACAAUUUUGUUGCAGAAGGGUUGUAUUUUAGAUCAACAACUUGAAAUGGUUUUUUCAUGCUGAAAUGGUUUUGUGAACUAUACAGUCAAAUUAUUGGGCAUGAAAAUGGUAAACUGAACCUCAUUGUGAUCCAAACACUUGCAAGAGAGUUCAAGGUAAUAUUUGCAAAACAGUUCAAAGGUAAAACAUCAAGACUGUCUAAAGGUGUUAAUUUGAGAUAUGAUGGGUGACAAAUGGUAUAUUAAGAAAGUUUCGUUUUAGUAGGUGUAUGUGUACCGAGAAGAAGAAAAGAAGUAGAUUAAGAUGAUCACAAAGACAAUAACAGGGAAGCUAUUUUUGAGCAGUCUUGAAGUAGAUGGGUGAUCAUUGUUUAUCCAGAUCCGGUCUUGACAAGUACAGAUAACCUGAGAGAGCAAUUGUCGCUGAGAUCCUGACUUUUAUUUUAAUGAUAGCAAAACAUGAGAAAUUGGGAGUCCUCUCCUAAAUAUGAAAUGAAAUUCUGACUCUUAGGUGUUAGUUCAAUUUGUGAGUCCACACUCCACACGCCAUAUUUACUUAUGAGGAGAAUCUUGAAAGCUACUUGGUUCAAUUGGAAGCUUGAGCACUUAACUUUCUUGUGAGUGACAUUUUUGGGAUAUUGAUCAAUGAUGUUAACCCUCUGGGUUGGCUUGAUGAUGUAAUUAAUUUGAUAUUUGUUCCACUCUAAUAUUUGGUUGUCCUUAUUUUAGGAGCAUUUUCCAGUUAUCAGAUGUUUAGUGGCGUCUUUUUUCUCUAGUGUUUAUUCUAUCAGUUGUCUCCUUGGAAUAAAUGGUGACAAAC